AUGGAUCAGCAACAGCCUUUGAACGACUGGAACCUUACGGAGACCAGCACAGUCAACUAUUCAGACGCUCACACGGAAUGGGGCGAUUUAUACAAUCGUACUCCGGAAGCUAUUAUCGUACCCUGCGUGUUUGCGGCCAUCUUAGUCACUGGCGUCGUUGGAAACACAUUGCUAAUUCUGUCCUUCGUUCGCCAUAAAACUCUUAGCACGCCGCAUAAUGCACUUGUAGUGAAUUUAGCUUCCGGUGACUUUAUUUUUCUAAUCACAUCGCUUCCGUUUAACAUGGUCUGGUACACGUUUUCCAGCUGGCCUUUUGGUUUAGCCAUAUGUAAAUUGAGUCACUUUGCAGACAGCUUAGCAACGGCAGUGGUGAUCAGCACGUUGUCGUUUCUUAGCAUUGAACGGUGUUUGAUUGUCACUGGAAAGAAGCUGUGGCGACGCCAAAAGCGAGGUCCAAUAUGGUUGACUAUUGCUAUCUGGUCUUUUUCGCUGUUUGUAUCCUUGCCUAACCUGAUCACAACUAAUCUCAGGCCAGAAACAGUCAACAAUGAUACAUUAGUGCUUUGUAUUCAUUUUGAUGAGAGCUGGAUUCGGACAUUAUCAAAAAUUCACGUUGGCUUCUUCUUUAUAUUUUUGUUUUGUUUACCGCUCACUGUUAUUGCCACGGCGUAUAUCUUAAUAGCCGUUCAUUUGAUUUCAAGAGCAUUUCCUUUCUCGCAGAGGAAAGUAAAAACACACAAGACGAAUGGGAAAAUUUAUCUUAGAUGCUUGGGGACGAAAAGGGAUAAACACAUGUCUAUGGAACUUACACGCAAUAAUCAAGUCAAUACAAUAAAAGCAGUAAACAGCUUCCAUGGAACACAAGUGGAAAAUGUACCCGAGACGAGCAAUAACCACAUAGAUCCUUCACCACAACCAGCAAAAUCAGACACCAAAACAGGAAAAGAAGACAAGUCAUAUUCACCAGAUUCCCUUACCGAGAUGACAGAGCUGCAGCAGACUCCGGUGCUUCCUUACUGCUUCGUCUACACUGGUCCAAUCCCCGUAGAAGCUGUCCCAAAACUAGAAAGCAGUUAUGCCAAACAAGCAGCUGACUCUUCAGAAAAUAACAAAAAGGCAUCAUUUGAUUCCCGCACGUCUUGUCCAACGACAGCAACUCCGACGGUAACAUGGAAAGAAUCCAGCCCCCAGAGCCCACCAAGCAGUGCAGACAUGAAACCUGGCUACAAACAGCGGCGACAAACCAUCGUCACGAAACGGAGACGCUUAGCAAUGACCGUCUUAACUUUGAUCAUCGUCUUUGCCAUCUGCUGGACCCCCCGGCAUGUCUACCUUCUGUGGUAUCACUUCCUGCCUGGCGACUAUAAUAUUUUCUGGCACGUUUUUAAAAUUGUUGGUUUCUGUUUGGCUUCUUCCAACUCGGCUGUGAAUCCACUAGUUUUCUACAUACUGGAUUCCACUUAUAGGUCGUUUGUUCACAGGUCACUAUGUAUGGUUUGUCUGAAACUGUGUAGACAGAAGAAAGCCGUUGAUACCGACGUUACGCUUGGAGACAGAGACUAUAACGCCACUAUUGCUAUGUCAGAUGUGAAAUCUAAAGGUUAUGUUACAGAGUUGUAG